UUCCAAGCUUUGACGGUGACGGCGCACAGUUUUAUUGACGACGUUUGCCGUGUGGCUCUUGGCCAAAAGAGAGCGGACAAAAAUCAGUUAAAAUAGUGGCUUCUACUAGUCCCAAGCAAGUCCCACUGUAAACGGCAACGCGAAUGAGCAGAGCCCGGAAUAUAAUAAGCAGAAAGUUCUAUUGUAAAUGCCUUUUUUUGUCUGUGUGUCUCUGUGUGCGUGUGCGUACGUCACGGACCGCGCGCGUACGAGUAUUAGUAUGUCUGCAUAUGUGUGUGUGCAGGGGAAAAAUCAGUAAAAUGUUUAUGCAAAUCAUGCGACAAAUGUGCGCCAAUUGCGUCCAAAUAUCGUAAAGUGCAUUAAGUGAAACAUAAUUAUAUAAUUAUCCAGGGAUCCAGGUGCAACCGCAAAAGGCUGCACGGUGCACAGUGUCCAGCAGCUGCCUCGACAAAAGAAAUAGGCGAAAAAAGCUACAAAGGCAAACCAAAGGUUGCACAGGCUCCUCUCUUCUUCAUCAACAUCUUUCUCCCGCACGCCUCUCUGUGUGCGUGUGUGUGUAUGUUGUAGGUGUAGGUGUAGUAGGUGUAGGUGUAGGUGUUUUUUUUGUUUGUAUUGGUGUCUCGUGGCAUUCCCCGUUCGUGUGUGUGUUUGUGUGUGUGUGAGUGUGUGGGUGCAACAACGUGAACGUUUCAUCCCGGAAGUGAUUUGUAUAAGGCCGAAUGCCUCCUGAUAUUUUACACCCAAGCGGAAAUAGUCGCAGUUUCUGUUUGUGAUGAAGUCAUGUGGAAAUAGAAACAGCAACAACAGCAGCAACAACGGCAGCAACAAUUACGAGUAUUGCCCUGAAGCGAAGACCAAUACAAUUAUAGGCGAAAGUUAAUUAAAUGCUGCAUCAUUUGCAAACUGCAAAAAGGAAUCCUUAACAAUUGCAAUAAAACUUUUGCCAAACAAAAGUAAUUAAAGGACCUCUCACACGGACCCAGACCCGGACACGGCUACAGCUACAGCUACAGCCACAGCUAUAGCUACGGAGAGGCACUGGGACAGGGAGAGGGACAGGGACAGAAGGGAGAGGAACAGAAGGGAGCGGGACACACACAGACAAGUUCAGUUGACGCUAUGCGACAACCAAGUUGCUCGUAGAAGCCGUACGGCAUCGGCAUCGGCAUUGGGACCGGGACAGGGACCGGAGGAGCCGGCCGUGGUGCUAGGAGUCCUGUGCAUGGCCAGACGCCAGCUGACGCUGCCAGCCGCAAACAGCUAACAGCCACAGCCAUAGCCACCAUCGGGGCAACGGUGAAAGCAACGGAGGAGCAGCAGCCACGGAGGGGCACGGGCACGGCCAGCAAAAUGCAGAAGGAGAACAAUGUCACGGCGGAGAAUUGCCAAUUUGUGGGGCCCUAUCGCCUGGAGAAAACUCUCGGCAAGGGUCAAACGGGUCUCGUCAAGUUGGGCGUGCAUUGUGUGAUUGGCAAAAAGGUUGCGAUUAAAAUAAUCAAUCGGGAAAAACUCAGCGAAUCGGUGCUAAUGAAGGUUGAACGUGAAAUUGCCAUAAUGAAACUAAUCGAUCAUCCGCACGUCCUUGGCCUGAGCGAUGUCUACGAGAACAAGAAGUAUUUGUAUCUAAUAUUGGAGCAUGUCUCGGGCGGAGAGCUCUUCGACUAUCUGGUGAAGAAGGGCCGCCUCACGCCCAAGGAGGCCCGCAAAUUCUUCAGGCAAAUAAUCUCCGCUUUGGAUUUCUGUCACUCGCAUUCGAUUUGCCACCGCGACUUGAAGCCCGAGAAUCUGCUGCUGGAUGAGAAGAACAACAUUAAGAUAGCGGACUUUGGCAUGGCUUCGCUGCAGCCAGCCGGCAGCAUGCUGGAGACCUCCUGCGGCAGCCCACACUAUGCGUGUCCGGAGGUCAUACGGGGGGAGAAGUACGACGGACGCAAGGCGGACGUCUGGUCGUGUGGUGUCAUCUUGUAUGCCCUGCUGGUGGGUGCGUUGCCCUUCGACGAUGACAAUUUGCGCCAACUGCUGGAGAAAGUCAAGCGCGGCGUCUUUCACAUACCGCACUUUGUGCCACCCGACUGCCAGAGUCUGUUGCGGGGCAUGAUUGAAGUGAAUCCGGAUAGGCGUCUGACGCUGGCUGAAAUCAACCGACAUCCCUGGGUCACAGCUGGUGGCAAAGGUGAACUGGAGCUGGAGCUGCCAAUGAUGGAGGUGGUGCAAACACAUGUUAUACCCACGGCCACAGCUGUGGAUCCGGAUGUGCUGAAUGCCAUUUGCUCGCUGGGCUGUUUCAAGGAGAAGGAGAAGCUCAUUCAGGAGCUGCUGAGUUCGAGUCACAAUACGGAGAAGGUCAUCUAUUUCCUUUUACUGGAGCGAAAGCGAAGGCGUCCUGCUCUGGAGGAUGACGAUGAGAUUGCGCAAAAGUCACGCAGCGAACUGGAUGCAGUCGAUCCGCCAAGGAAACGAUUGGACACCUGUCGCAUCAAUGGCACCAAUGCGCCCAGCUAUGGCCAGAUCUCCGAGGGCUCCCCGCUCACGCCACGACGACAGGCCUUCAACUUCCGUUCGUACAGCAGCACUCGCAACCACCAGCGGCGCUCACCCACAACAGUAUCCUCGUCGGUGCGGAGCUCCUCAUAUCACAGCCCGACGCGUUGCAAUUCCGCCAUGAGCUCCGCCCAGCAGCAGGCGAAUGCCAUAUCGCGACCCUCUUCGCCGGCGGCGGGCACUCGACACUCCACCUACGGCGACCGCGAUCGCGAUCGCACCGGGUCCGGGCACCACUCCUCGGUCAGUCGGACACCCUCGCACAGCUCCCAGAAGAGCAUCGAAGGCGAUGUGGUGGUGGUGAGAGAGCCACGACUGGAGCGACGCGAUUCGUUGCGCCAGGAGCGGGGUGGCGGCAGUGGAUCAGCGAGGGAUCGCAGCGAGUGCGGCCACCCGCCGGGCAGUCCCGGAGGCAACUCCGUCAGUGGAGCUGCCUCGCCAUCGGUGCAUCAUCGCGCCAACUCAGGUCCGACCAUUAACAUUAGUAUGUUCCACGAUCCAGAGUCGAAUAGUGUUGUGAAUCCUAAUGCCUCACCCAUGUUGAACAACAGCAGUCCUGGGAUGCCUGGCUCACCCUGCAACAAUCCUGGCGGUCAACUGUGGAAGACCCGGCUCACCAACAUCAAAAACAGUUUCCUGGGCAGUCCGCGCUUCCAUCGCAGAAAAAUGCAGGUUUCCGCGGACGAAGUGCAUUUGACGCCCGAAUCAUCGCCAGAGCUAACGAAACGCUCCUGGUUUGGUAAUCUAAUAACAACCGAAAAGGAUGAAACGUUUACCAUCUUAGUCAAGGGCAAGCCCAUUGCCACAGUCAAGGCGCAUUUGAUACAUGCAUUUCUAUCUAUGGCUGAACUAUCGCAUAGUGUAGUAUCGCCCACCUCAUUUCGAGUGGAGUACAAACGGAAUGGCAACGGACCUGUGAUGUUCCAGCGUCAUGUAAAGUUUCAGGUCGACAUCAGUGCCAUUUGCAAGCAAGGUGACAUAGCAGAUAUGCUCUUUGCCUUAACAUUUACGCUGUUAUCGGGUAACAUUCGACGUUUUCGUCGCAUUUGCGAGCACAUCCAGUCCCAGGUGUGUUCAAAACGUUUCCCGGGUCCCAGCAGUCCGCCCACGGUGACCUCAGUAACGCAGGCCGUUUCCGAGAGCUCGUCCUGUGGCUCGGUGUCCAGCGAACGAUUGUCCUACAAGCGACAGGUGAUUGAGAACGAUAUGGAGAACGAUUCGAUAUUCUCGUACAAAUCAGGCAACGGCCGCAGAGCCUCGACCACGAACAACAAUAAUGCCAAUCCAGUGGAUAUACCCGGUAGUCCCAUAGCUGUGCGGUCCAAAUUUCUGAUUGAAUCGUCUAUCAGCUCGGAGACCGCUGAGCACGAACGCAACCGGGAACUGCAGAGUGAACGUCAGGCGACAACGAUGUCCGGUAGUGCAAUCGCAUGAGAAUUAUUUCUCUGAUUUAGUUACAUUUUUCUCAAGGAUAUUUGUUUCCGUAUACUACCAUAUGACACCACUAAUAAUACCACAAGCAAAAGAACAACCAUAUAUUGUACUAUGUGAACGAAUCAGCAACUCAAACAGUAUUUUUGCCUAGUACCCCCAAGCCCCAUCCCCAUCACCGAGAGAUCUUCAAAAUAACUCCAAUAACACUCCAAGAAAAUCCCAAAAAAAAAAAUACCAAUAUACCAAACCAAAGCAAUAAUAGUGGAAUUUAUAUAGAAAUAAUAAUGAUUAUAAGUAUCAGAAGUUUUCGAUAACUGAUCGAUUUGACAGAACUCUUGCUAGCAGCUAGCUCUCUAGCUUUUAACCAACUUGAUUUUCGAUUCGUUUUUGAUUUUUUGAAUGCAUUUUUUAUGUAUGAAAUGUACGAGUAUGUUCGUUUUAAUGGACAUUGUUGCCGCCGCGCCUAAAAAGCUUGCAAAUAAAAUACACCGUGUAAAAAUACUAAAUAUACAAACAAUACCAAGAAUACCAAAUUUACGCACUAGCUUAGAUCGAACUAGAGUUAAUCUAGCUUCAUUUUCUUUACCUAGAAUAGGGCUCGUCGUAAUAUUUAGCUAUGCAAAUGAUAAAAUUAAUGCUAUCCAGGACAGAACAGAAGAGAACAGAAAAAAAAUACGCCGACAAUUUGUAUAUGGGGAGUGUCUGAAGAGAAGAGAAUAAAGCAAAAUGCACUGAUCUUUGACUACUAAAUAAAAUAUGAUAUGUACCGAAAACCGAAUGAAACUUUUGCAUUAACUUAGCCGUUGCUGUUUUUUCUAAACCCAAACAAAUUGAUAUAACUAUUUUGCUAGCCACUAAAAAACAUGUGAAUCGAUGAGAAGAAUUACAAACACAAAAAAAACGCAAACUAUUUUUCCUAAAAACCAAAAUACUAAAGAAUAAAGAUAAAAAAAAAAGCGUCAGCCUUCGAACUUCUGACAUGCAUGCAUGACGAUCAAAAAAGAGUGUUGUGUUGGGUUGUAGAUGGACUUUAAUCAGAAUCCAUAAGGUGUACAAUAUAAUGUAUAAUGUACAUAGGAAAUUCCGUUAAAACUUGAAACAAAGGCACAGCGUAGUGUUGGACACAUGGCACAUAACAAAUACGGAAAUACAAAAAUACAAAACUACAAAAAUACGAAUACCAGAAACAAUAUAUAUUUUGCAUGGGAUGGGCAUGAAGAAAAGAAAGCUUUCUAACCGAUAAUUAAAUGUAAAGAUCAACUGGUACGAUAUUUAUACAUAUGUAGCUAUAGUAUAUAGUAGUUUGUGGAACAAGGAUUGUACAAAUUGCUGAGUUGCAUCAGCGACAAUGAUGAACAAAAAUACCUAAGAGAGAGAAUUCCAUUGAAAUUUGUAUAUUUUUUAUUGGAUAAACACACACAAAACACACUCAUUGGCUGGGACUAGUACUAGGACUAGGACUAGGACUAGACCAAUCAAGAUCAAGAUCAAGCUGUCCAGGAAUGCACAAAUGGCAAUGCUAUCAAUAACUUAGCAUAGUUUUUCUCUCAGUGUAAGGAGCAGCGUUUCGCAUGACAACCAACCAACCAACCAACCAACAACCCCACAAAACAAUCACAUUGAAUCUAUACCUACCUUACUUUUGAGUGGUUUUCAUAGCUUAUAGUUUUGGUUUUGUGGAAUCAGAGUUCUUUUCUAUAAAACAUGAUACGAUAAUUUGAAACUAAAAGACUUAAGAAAUUGAAAGCAUAAAGCAAAUGAAAUCCAAACAAAAAAACCGUCCAUUUAUCCACUUAAAGCUACUAACAACCAAGUAGAGGCAACUCAGCAAUUUGUGGGAUCCACAUACUGGGGGAAGUGUGCGUAAAGUGGAAUUCUAGGGACGAUUACGAGUGCGAGUAUGUGUAUGCAUAAAUGUAUAAGGAUUUACAUAUAUACUUGUACCAAAACUGUGUAUGGACAGCAAUAUCAAAAGAGGGAAAUAAAAAGCCGAAAGAGCGGACAUGGAAAUGGAAAUGGUACGAUACUAAAAAGGUGAUUAGAAAAGAUACUAAACGAAAGAUUAUAAAAAAGUUAAUAAACGCUUAAAGAUACUAAAUAAAGUCGCAUAAAAAACAUAUACAAAAAUAUUUAAACGUAUUUAAAGCAGAUAGAUUGUACUUGAGAUAAAAACUGCAACUGCAACUGCAACAAAAAAAUCAUGCAAUAAUAUUGAAAUGGAAUUACUUUCUAGCAUUAACUAAAGUACAGUACAGUACAGUACGGUACAUCAAAUUAAUGAUCGCUCAUCAAAUUAAAUUUACUCGAAUAAGCAGAACAUACAUUCAAAAUUAAGCUCACCGAAACAUAUAUUUAUACAUACAUACAUGCAUAUAUCAUAUACAACACAUCUUUAUACACAUAUUACAUAUAUAUCCCUGUAUUUACCUUCAUAUACAAGAACAAAGUCCCACUCCCCUUGGCAUACCCGACAUAUACGAAACGCGUACACAUUUACUAUAUACAUUUACAUACGUUUAUCUAUAUACAUACAUGCAUCAUCCACACAUUCAUACAUGCAUACAUACAUAAAUACAUAUGUACAUCCAUCUAUAUAUUUACAUAAAAGCAUUUAAUAACAAUGAAAUGUGAAAGGAUUUCAAAUACCAAUCAAGAUUGUUAAUUUUGUAUCAUAUGAAAGUGUAAAAAUCAUAUUUUUUUUUGACAUGAAGAUAAUCCUAGAAAAACGACUAAAAACAACAAAAACCAAAAACAAAAUUCUAAAAUACCCAAAAAAAAGCUCUGCUCUGCUCUGCGCUGCGCUGCUCUGCAUACCAAAGAAAAUGCUGCAAACGCAACGCAGAGAUGAUAAAGAUAAUGAUAUAAAAUUAAUAAUAAUGAUAAUUGCUUUAUAAGGAAUACCAAAACCAUGGAGAAGAACGAACCACUAAUACUCAAUGCUGCAUUAUGCCACGCCUACCUUUUUACCUUAACUGACGCCUCUAAACUACGAGUAGAUGGGAAAA